GUCUGAGCCAAAGACAAAAGAUGGCGAGCGCGGGGAUGGUGGGACCGGCGGCCCAGACACGCUCACACCUUCCCGGCGACAGCGCGGAGAGGGAGGCGGCCGAGCCACAAGUUCUGAGGGACAAUGGCGAGAAGGCGGCGGCGGCUGUGAGCGGCUGCGAGGAGCGGGGAGACGAGGAGCAGCGGCCCGGGCCGCCGGCGGCCGGGGAGUGGGUGCCGGGCUGCGGCCGCGGCUCUGGCCCUCUCUGGCUGCUGACCCGCCUGGAGUCCGCUCUGACCUGGCGCAGCCCGGGCUACAGCGUCGGCCUCUUCAUCUGCGCCAACGCCGUGUUCUGGUUUCUAGCUUUAACACCUUGGAGGUUGUAUUCCCUUGUUGCUUUGUGCUUCCUUUUGUUGGCCGUUUUGGAAAAGGUGAAGCUUUUGACUUUGUUCAUAAUGAAAGGUUGGAAAUCGAGCAGAAGCCUUAGUGAAAGCUGGAAAGUGACUGAUGAUAAACCAGAGGGAAUGCCAAGGCUCAACCAAUACAUGACAGAAUCAUGGAUGAGUUGUACUGCAUUCUUUGAAGAAAUGUUUCACUUCAAGAAGCAAAACCCUGGGAAGUUUUGUCUCCUUGUUUGUAGUCUCUGUACAUUUUGUGCCGUUGUUGGGCGCUACAUUCCUGGAGCUGUAGUGUCGUACUGCUUAUUAUUGUGUGCCCUACUGUGGCCUUUGGUAACUUCAUAUGACCUGGGACACAGAGUGUACAGCAGGAUUGAACCACUUCUACAAAGGCUAGAUUUUGGCUUGAAAGAUUGUGUCCUUCGUAUUCAGAAAAGAAGGUCAAUGCGGCAGAAAGAAUUAGCUGAAAGAAAAGCAGAAGAUGAGAGUGAAGCUGACACAUCUGCUCUUUGUCCCAAGGUAAGCAUUUCGGGACUUGGCAAAGAACUAUCCAUCUCUGACACAGAACCUUCAGAGAUAUCCUGGACAGAAAAUGGUACCUUUAACUUGUCAGGAGGCCAUACACCGCAGACUGACGCUUCAGAUGAUCUAGACCGUCCAAGUGAUCAUGAAGAAGUAUUUGCCAGAGAUCUUCCAGAAUUCCCAUCAAUAGAGACUGGUAACAAGGGAACAAUAGAUGACGACGACGAUGACUUGAGCAUUGGCAUCCCUACUCCUCCAAUUCCCACACUGGAACCCUAUGACGCAGGUUCAUGUCAGGAAGGCAUACAUGCAGGAAGCUUGCUUGCUGGACAUCUCUUAAACUUGUCGGAAGAACAGACCUUCAAUCUUAUCAGCACAGUGGCGAGUGACGUCAUAGCUGCAGCUGUGUCAUCAGCUGUGAAAGGCCAGUUGCAGUCCGCAGAGCCGGUUCCCGCCCCAGCGCCACAGCUCAACUCAAGCGAUGAGACUGAUACCGAAGAGGCUGAUGACUUUGAACUGCUUGACGAGUCGGAGCUGGAACAGAUUGAGAGCGAACUAGGACUGGAUCAGGGCCAGGCAGCAAACCAACGUCAAGCCAAAGAUGGCAAGUCAGGUUUUCUCUCAAACCUACUCGGGGGUCAUUAAGCCUCCUUUCAGGGCUGGAGAAUAAACAUACAGACCACAUGUGAACAACAAACAAACACAAGCUACGGGCUUAUUUACUACCGUUGUUCCCUGAAAGAGCCAAACCUUAAAAAUAUGAUCUUGUGAAUAUGGAACUAAUGAGUGCAGCAAGAAAAGAAUGAAAAAAAAGUGAAAUAGUUCUGCACAUUUAUCAGCGUUUAAUAAUCUAGUUAUUGAAGCAACUGAAUUGAUUUGUGUUAUUUGGUAUAAUGGGCCACCUAUUUUGUGUGUGUUGUCUGACUAUAAUCUUUAUGCCUUGAAAUAACAGCAUGGAAAUUAAUCCUGUCUUGUUGAUCUAUAAGUUGUUAAGCUUUAAAAGAUGUUUUAACUGACAUAUAUUGCCAAAUUAGAAAGUCAGGUAUGCACUGAACACAGUUUUUCGUUCUUUUUGAAACUUGUGCGCAGACAUUGACAAUCAGUCAUCAGAAACUCCACCUGGGUCUAUUACAACUGGACUGCGAAGGAAACAAAAUGACCUCUUUCGCAUACAAGGCAGUAUUUUAGAUUAUUUUGUAAAGGUAUUCCUCUCUGCAGAGAUAAGCAAGAGAAAAACUGCAAAUCUUAAAUUCAAAACAAAAUCCAAUGCACAGCAAGACGAUCUGCAUCUGAAAGAGACACAGAUUAAUGUUUCAUUGAGUUCUGCUGCAGGGUCCUGGCUGAAACAUUAAGCUCAUUCAGGUGCUGAUUUCUCUGCAGGGCAUUCCUGACAAUUCCUAUUUUCCUCUUGUGGUUUUUUUUAUUUUAGCGUAUUAAAGUAGACGUACCCAUGGAAUUAUUAACUGUACUCAUUUUAUUGUUGCAUAUGAGUAGAAUGUUCAAAGUAAGCCUCUUUCAAAUUUCAGAUUAUUCAUCCAUCUCCAAGCCUGCACCGCUUUUUAAUGUGUAAAACAAAUCUGUACUACAAUUUCUUUGACCCUUUGCCUUAAUGGACUGCAAAUUCAGAAAUGUAUCAAAUAUCAAGUUGUAAACCACAUCUGACACAUUUAAAUUUUGUUUAUUAGUUUACAAAUAGCUACAGAUACUUUAGAUUUUUCCAUAUUUGUUUACACGUCAGAUGUUUUCCUGAGUUAAAAGACCUGACUGGAAACAUUUUAGUGAACUUUGGAUAGUUGGCACAAUGUUGCAAAUAGUUUGUUUCAAAGAUUAAUAAACACCCUGGCAGCUAAUCUAGCUGUUGUACUUUGCUCCAUGUUAGGGCUGGUUGUUGAAAUGAAACGAUUACUCUGAAAUUCACACUAAUUUCCUUCAUAUAUAAAAUAUUGUACCGGCCCCUGGUGAUGUCCACUCUGUUGAACACAUUCAAGGCCCAGAGUUGGAAUGGUGAGCUGGUUGUCCUCUCUCCUCGUCUCUCCACAGCUCAUCCCAGCUCAAGAAGCACAGCCUUAGGGGACAUUUCAUAACAUAAGAACUUUCAAGAUUAGAAAGGCCAUUGUGCCCCAAAAGCCUGUCCCUCUCUGAAUACUUUAAAUUUGAAUAUGUGAAUUUUUAUCUAGGUGUAGACGGCCAAACCAAUUUUACAUUUUAUAUUCCUCACUGAAAAAAGUCCAAACAAUAAUUGGAAUAGGGCUCUGUAUGUGAAAGCAUUUUUAAGAUGUCCAAUCUAUUGACUGGAGCGGUUAGAUCAAUAAGUCUAGUUUGCAUUUGCCUAGCUUGUUUAUAGGUAUGGAGUAGUUUAUCUAAAAAAAAAAUUAAUAAAUUUAUUUACUAAUUUUUAUGAUUGUAAUUGGUACAUUUUCUAUUGAGCAUGUAGUGACUGACUGUUUAAAUAACUGAUUUCAUCCUUUGAAGCCUCAAAUGGUUUCUGUUGCUCCUGUGAAUACCUAUUAGCAUAGAAAGAGAACCAAAAAAGGCUAACUCCGUAGCUUAGUUUUGCUGUUUCAUCAACGUGUGUUGGCUAAAGGUACAGUUUUAGUGAUCAGGUCGCGAAUUAUCCUGAGGUGGCGUAUCAUAAUAUUUGGGUCUUUUAGUAUUAAGAGAAUUAAAGCUAGUUUCAUUUCUUUCCUGCUUGACCUGAAUCCAUACACCUCUGCAUGCUGCAGUAGAAAAUGAUCCUUUUUGAAUAUUUAAUAUUCAUUUGAAAUGUGUUUUAAUUCUAAAUAUUGUUAUAGGAUAGUUUAGAUUUAUCCUGAGAUGUGGGAACAGUCCCUCUGUCCUUUUUUUAAAAAAAAUUGUCUAAUUGACACAUGACUAACAGUAAACAUCAGAUCUAUGCCAGUUUUAAGAUUUUUUUUUGCAAAUACAGUGUGUAACAGUCAUCACACUUUAUUUGUAAAUUCAAUGAAAAUUAGUGCAGGAGUCUGCAAAUUUGACCCACCUUACUGAGUAAGAGGACAUGGAAAUGUCCCUAAGUUAAGAGUGUAAAUCUUCAGAGUUGGGACCCACGUUUAUUUGUUUCAUCUUCCCAAUUUGUUGUAGUAUGCAGUAACUGCAGUUGCGCAAUGUUAUGGUUUUACAGUGACUGUUAACAGAGAUUCUGCAAUCCUAUUUUGUGUGGAUGUAGGUAUUGCAUACAAGCACACAUUUAGGAGCUCAGUUUAAUUAAACAAGAACCUGUUUUCAGUACAUUUAUCAAUAAUUUGGGUUGACAGUCAAACAAACUUCAUUUGGGAGCACAAACAAAAGAUGACAGGCAGGAUAUUAGAUGUUGUACUAUCAGUUAACCUUGGCUUUAGAUAAUAUUUGACCUUAAUCUGAAAGUUAAGUAUUUUACAAACUUUCAGUAACAAAUGGUUCAGAGUUUUAAACUUCACUUCACAGUUGCUGCACUUACACGAUUUGGACACCUCACUCUCAUAUAUAUGAAUGUCCCUUUUCAUACUGGAAUGAUCAACAUAAAUUGCAACCAUUGUUCUGCAUUAAAUCAAUCCUGAGUUUAGUGCUGCAGUACUCUUGAUUGGAAGGUGUUUUGGUCAGAUGGUUUUUUUAAAAAAAGUUGGGAUAGGCCAAUUCUUUGGGCUUGCUUUUGUGACAUCUGUUUCUGGUUACAAACUAAAAUUGAGCACAUCUAUUUCUUAUGUAUUGUCUAUCCGGUUUCAGGCACAUUUUCUUUGUUUGGAUAUGUUUAGCCGUACAUGAAAGGAACCAGUGGAUUGCUCCACAGUUCAGCUAUAUUCAAGGAAAGUAUGGAGAUCAUCACAGUCAGUCAUGCAUUUUGUCAUUAAAUGUAAUUUUGUGGAAAACUGAAAGAUCAUUAUGAAAUGUGGGUGAUGGGACAAAUGGGAAUUGAUUUUGAAAAAUAUUACAAAUAAAAUAUAUUUUUGCACUUUAUACAUGUUAUUUACUAAAAUGCACUUUCUCUCAAAGCAGCAUGUAAGCCAAUAACAGUUACUCUCUCACUCUCCAAAACUAAGAAUAACCAGAAAUAGAGGUCAUUACAAAAUGUCUUAUUGUGAUGGUAUUUCAGUAAAGCAAGAUGAAAAAGUCCCAUCUGCAGCACUUUAUUAAAGAACCUUUUAUGCAUAGGAUCUAAAAUUAUUUCAGUGGUAAAUACAUGCCCGUUAUCCUAGUAGGAUGUGAUAAUCAAAGCUUGUGUAAUACUGUGCUGAUUUGUUUCUCUUUGUGAUUGAUGACUGCUUUUUUCAACAAAAAAAAUAAAGGCACUUUAUGUACAAUAACAUCCUCUUUAACCAGUCUAAUGUCAAUUUUCCAAUACAAAUUACAGUACUCUGAUUUUUGUUGAACAUUUUGUUUUAUAUGCAGCUCCCUGUUUAAGAAAACCUAAAUCAUAGAUUUUUGAGUUAUGUCAAUUAUCCAUGUAACAUUCAUUUUCUAACACAGAACCCUUUGUACAUUCUCUACUUCAGUCUUGUUCUUAUUUCAUCAUUUUUCCUAAAGCUCACUGAGGACUCGAUGCAACUUGCGAAUUAUUUUAGAUGUGUUGCUAAGUUGAAUAAAAAAAUACUUUUCCUCAUACUUUUAUCCUCCACUAACUUGUAGGUGUCCUAGAGGAACGGAACGGUCAAAUAUUUUAAUAAAGAGAUGCCUUGAAGAUAA